AUGGUCAAUCAGGGGCCCUCACGGGGCUGCCAUACUUGCAAGGCACGGCGUGUGCGGUGCGACGAAGGCAGGCCUACGUGCUGCCACUGCCGGCGUCUCGGCUACAUCUGUGGAGGCUACGAGAGGAAGCCGCCCAAGCUAAGAUUCAAGGUCCAGGUCGCCGCCGGUCCACAGCGACAGCAGAAUACCGGCGCCGUUGCCAGCGCCGUUGCCGCUCCGUCACUCGCCCGGUCGCCGGGAUAUCCGGAGCCGGAUCUCGCCAUGGGCUUCUUCUUUACCUACUUUGUUGACGCCGGCCGCACGCUGGCCUCGACCCGGGGGUUCUUCGAGGCGCUGCCGCCCAUCCUCGCGACCGAGGCCAAAGACUCGGCAGCCACUACAGCCGUGACCGCACUGGCCACGCGUAUGUUGUCCCUCUGGCGCGGCGAUGCCCAAAGCUUCACGGCGCCUCACAAGCCGCUGGGCGUCGCUUUGGCGCGCCUGGGAUCGGCGCUGCAGACUCAAGAGGAGAGGGUGAGCCGUGCGACCCCGUUUGCGGCUCUCGUUAUGCAGUUCUACGAGAACAUGAAUGCCAUAUACGGGUUUCGCGAGGUCAACCGAACGCACCACGACGGCGCGGUGGCCCUGUUGAUGCAGCACGAUUUAAGCAUCUCGGACGGGGAGAUUGGCAUCCACGUAGUGCGCCGCAUACUGCAUUGCGAGGUGUCGUACCGGCUGCACUCUGGGACUGCCUUUCCGGCCAACAUGGAGGAGUGGCUAAAGCGCAAUCUUGUUGUGCAGAAUCCAUCUACAAUUCUCGAUACUAUCGGCAUCUCCAUUGCCAACAUCCAACACGCCUUCACUCGCCUGCGUCAACAGCCCACCCCAGAGUCGUGGCGUGCAGUCGAGAUACUCUUGGCAGAAAUCGAGACGACCGAAACUCUUCUGCGAGAGUGGCCGAGCGUGCUGCCGAACCACUGGGCCCCGGUGACACUUCCAGCCGUGCCAGAUGCCGUCCCACCGAUACCAACCUACGCGGGGAGAUGCGACAUAUACCCUGCGAGCCAAGUGGCGGCGAUAUGGAAUAUCUGGCGAUGCCACCAGCUGAUUCUGCUCAAGAUCAGGCUCGCUGCCCUCGACUAUAAAGCUCGGUCAGAGCCAAGCGAAUACCACCCCCCCACUACACUCAUGCGUGGUACUCGGGAGCGAGUCCAAGAACUCGUUGAUGCCGUCUGCCACAGCAUUCCAUUUUACGUUGGCAACCGAUACAAACGCGGUGCCUUGUCCGACCUGACCAACCCGACCAUACUCCACACCAGCUACUUCGACCUCGACCCGAGCAGCGAACAGUUCCUCAAGUACAAAGCGAGCGACAACUACAUGAGCUCCGAGGCUCAUCGAGGACACAUAGUCGUGCAGGGGCCAUGGCACAUGAUGACGUGCCUGAGCGCGGUCAUCAACCUGCUUUCCGGGAACGACGAGGGUAGCUUGCUCCUCGCCCGUGCCUUACGACCCGGGCAGCUCAACUGGAUGCGGAAACAAUUCGUCCGCACUGCUGCCCUGGUGGCUAUCGAACUACCAGUGAAACAGCAGCCUCUCGCCCAUGACGUGGCACUACUGGCUGGGAAAGUGAGUGAGGGUUUGAAGAUGGCCAGCGGGUCGUAG